AUGCCCAAUCCUCGCGUUUUCUUUGAUGUUUCAAUUGGCGGAAAGCCAGAGGGACGUAUUGUCUUUGAACUGUUCAAGGACGUCGUCCCUAAAACUGCUGAAAACUUCCGUGCUCUCUGUACUGGCGAGAAGGGUGUAGGCAAAAGUGGUAAGCCCUUGUGCUAUAAGGGUAGCAUUUUCCACCGCAUCAUCAAGAAUUUCAUGAUACAAGGUGGUGAUUUCACUGCUGGCAACGGUACUGGUGGUGAAUCUAUUUAUGGUGAAAAAUUUGAAGAUGAAAACUUUGACUUGAAGCAUGAUAAGCCAUUCUUGUUGUCCAUGGCUAAUGCCGGCCCCGCCACCAAUGGCUCUCAAUUCUUCAUCACGACUGUCCCAACCCCUCAUUUAGACGGAAAACAUGUCGUCUUUGGUAAGGUUUUGAAGGGCAAGGCUGUUGUCCGUAACUUGGAAUUCUUGGAAGUCAGCAAUGACAAGCCAUUGAAGGAUGCUGUCAUUACCAACUGUGGCGAAUUGGCCGAAGGCGAAGAUGACGGCAUCGUGGUCAACGAUGAUGGUGAUAACUAUGAGGAAUUCCCUGACGAUCACGAAGGUCCCAAAGAGCUUGCUGAUAUUGUUGAAAUUGCUGGCAAGCUUAAGGAUAUUGGUAACGGUUAUUUCAAGAAGGGUGAUUAUGAGAAUGCUGCCAGAAAAUACCUCAAGGCUAUUCGCUAUUUGAACUUUAAGCCUGCUUUUGAUGAAGAGGAUCCUGAGGAUCUUCGUGUCAAGUAUGCUGGUGUCAAGAUCCCUUGUUUCCUCAACAGAGCUAUGUGUGAUCUCAAGUUGGGUGAUUUCAGCGACUGUUUGAAGGUUACUACUAUGGUUUUGGAAUAUGACGCCAAGUACUUGAAGAAGACUGAUAUCACCAAGGCCCAUUUCCGUCGCGGCAUGGCCAAGGCUGGCAGCAAGGAUUUGGAAGGCGCUAUUGAAGAUUUUGAGAAGGCCAACGAAUUGGACCCUGAAGAUGGCGGCAUCAAGAAAGAACUCGCCAACACCAAGGCUAAAUUGGUUGCUAAAAAGCAAAAAGAGAAGAGCGCCUACGCUAAAUUAUUUUCUUAG